ACAAAAUAAUGCAACUUGGCGACUUGCAUAUUGUUUUCUAAAGUCGUGUACACAUCUACCCACUAUUUUGAACCUAUUCUGACAUUUCCAAGUUGUUUAUUUCAACUUCAAUUGAUUAUUUUCAGCUUUCUUUAUCUGAGGGAGAUUAUUUCAACUUUUGUAAGUGGUGUUCUUAGCCACUUAAAUCCUAUCAAAUUCUUACUCAAAAUUCUCAAAAAUAUACUCUGUUUUCCUUGGACUCAGAUCAAUCAUGGCGGCAUAUGCAGCCUUGGGUUCUCUUAUGCAUAUCAUACAUGACAUCGAACAUCAUCAUUCCCCUCCGAUUUCUAUCAACAAGCAACAAGUUGAAUCCCUCACAGAAGAUGUUACGUUCUUGCAGAAAUUUCUUCAAGGCUAUGAAUCCCCUGUUGCUGACGGCGAUGAAGCAGAUCCAUUGGAGCUUCGUAUUGCAGAUGCAGCUUACUUUGCUCAAGACGUUAUCGAAUCUCACAUUGUGGACAAGAUUCAGCUCAGCAGAUCCAAAGAAACCAAAACCGCCCGGUUCUUCAAUUGGUUUCGAGCUCCAAAAAAUGAGUCAUCACAAUCAUCUGCAGAUGGAAAUCACGAUGAUGAAGAGACGAAAUUGUAUCAAGAUCUGCAACAAGUGAUAGAAGAAAUGGAUUUGACCAAGAGAGUGGCGAUGAAGAUCGAUACUGGAAAGGCGCAGAGAAAUGUCUCUGCAUCUCCUGCUUCUAUACGACCUUCGUAUUCCAUGGAAGAGAACAAUGCCAUGGUGAGCUCCGAUGAUGUCUUACGCGGGAUCAUGGAAAAGCUCGUUGGGGGGCGGCUUGAUCGCCAAGUCAUCCCAAUAGUUGGGAUGGGCGGUAUUGGUAAGACCACUCUUGCCAGAACUAUUUAUUCGAAACCACUUAUUACAGAGUAUUUUGAUAUAUGUGCUUGGGCUACAGUUUCUCAAAAAUACGAUGCGAAAGAAAUUCUUUAUGAACUUCUUUUGGAUGUCAAUAAAAAGAAGGAAGGUCUAAGUAAAAGGAGUGAAGAUGAACUAGGAUUAGAGCUGUACCAAUGUUUGUCAGGUAGAAGGUUUCUAAUUGUAAUGGAUGAUAUGUGGAGUAUCGAUGCGUGGGAUAGGAUACAACCUUGCUUUCCUAACAAUGAGAAUGGUAGUCGGGUAUUGGUGACAACUAGGCUAUCACAGUUGAGUUCCCAAUUGAACAACAAUUAUAGCCUUCAAAUGGAAUUUCUAGAUGAGGUUAGUAGUUGGAAUCUCUUCUCCAAGACUAUAUUUGGGGAGGGAAGUUGUCCACUUGAACUAGUUGGAAUUGGAAAGAAGAUUGUAGAAAAUUGCAGAGGACUUCCUUUAUCACUUGUUGUGGUGGGAGGUCUUUUGAAAAAAAUGGAACACACUCAAGGAUAUUGGGAAUCAAUAAGGAAGAAUUUAAGUUCAAUAGUGAAUUUGGAGAAUGAUAGACAUUGCUUGAAAAUAUUGAAAAUGAGCUACAAUCAUUUGCCGGCCUAUCUAAAGCCAUGUUUUCUGUACAUGGGAGUGUUUGAGGAAGAUCACGCCAUUCGUGUCUCAACUCUCAUCAAGCUAUGGGUAUCUGAAGGAUUUGUAAAACCAAUGAAUGGAAAAAGCUUGAGAGUGAUGGCAAAAGAAUUCUUAAAGGACUUGGUAGAUAGAAAUCUCAUCCUGGUUUCUUCUUUAGGGUGCACUGGAAACAUAAAGUUGUGCAAAAUCCAUGAUCUGUUGAGAGACCUCUGCUUGAGAGAAAGCCGGAGAUAUGGGUUUUAUCAUGUCGUGGGUCACCAUUCUCCGAAAGGCAUAAGUUGCCAACGUCGUUUUGUUAUACCCAAGGGCACCUCACAGCAGAAAGUCCUUGAUGCCUUGCAAUGUAUGUCACAUGCUCGUUCCGUUAUUUUCCCUAUGAUUUAUCAAUAUUGGGAAGUCCCACGGUGCCGGAAUCUUGGAUUGCUGAGGACAUUACAUGUCUCUGAUUAUGGUACAAAUCAAGGCUCUGUGAAUGCCAUUGUAUUCCAAUGUGUUAACUUGCAGCAUCUUGUUGUAACAGUUGGUACCAUGCCCUCAUGGCUCUCUUCACUCGAUCUCAAUUGGAAUUUGCGUACAUUAAUCGUUGCUUGCUCGUAUAAGCCUAAUCCCCCAGUUGGAAUAUGGAAACUGCCUCAGUUGAUGCACAUUGAGUUCACUAGAAAUCCUUUGUGUCUCCCAGAUCCCCCUCUAGAUGAUGUCGUCGUCAUGGAGAAUCUACACAUACUUAAAGGAGUAAAGAAUUUCAAUUGUGGCAAUGAGGUGGUUAAGAGAAUUCCGAAUGUUAAGAAAUUGGGAAUAAGCUAUUACAAGCGCGAGGCGAUCCACCACGACGAUUAUUAUUUUCUCAGCAAUGUAAAAUGUCUGUCUAAAUUGGAAUCCCUCCAUGUCUCAUGUGGAGGUGAAUUUAGAGGGUUUGCUUCUCUGCAAAAGCUCACCUUUCCACACUCCCUAAGGAGUGUGCAUUUUGUGAUGAAUAGACGCUUUGAAGUGGACGAUAUGUUGGAGAAGAUAGGUUGGUUACCCCUUCUCGAGAAGCUGAAAUUGGUGCGUGGAUGCUUCGGAAGAGGCGAGUGGGAGAUAGUUGAGGGUCGAUUCCCCUCUCUCAAAUACUUGUCAUUGGAUAAGUGUGGUGGUCUCAAACAUUGGACGGCACAAGAGAGCAGCAUCUUUCCGCGCCUUGAGCAGCUUCAUCUUGAUCAGUUACAUGACUUGAAGAAGCUCCCUUCUGAAAUUGGACACAUACCAACACUGCAGAAGAUUUAUUUAUCAUGGUGCAGCAAAUCGGCGAUCAGGUCUGCCAAAAAGAUUGUAGACGAACAAGUGGAAUUACAAGGCGAAGAGCUUCCCUUUCAGGUUCAAGUUAGGCUUUUGAACAAGAACGAAGCACUGCUUAGCUUGGCAGCGGUCGGCGGUCGCAUUGAAACAACUCGAUGGGAUAAAAUGAAGUUCGGCUCAACCUAAAAUAAUAUUGCCACAAAUACACCAUGAUCUGUUCAACCUACAAAAAGCCCUGGUUUGGAUUUGUAAAUCUUCUUUUAAGAGGGGUUUGAUUUGAGUGAUAUGAUUGGUAAAAAAUUUAGCUUAGAGAGUGUUUGACUGAGUUUAUAAGCUCUUUAAAAUAACUUAUAAGAUGUUUAGAAG